AAGCUAUGUCACGCCACAAGAAUCUCCAAUUCUUCGUAGUUCACAAAAAGACAAGACAUCAGAAGUUGAGUGCAUUUGUCUGAACUCUUAAACAAAUAAUGCCUUCUCCAACCAAGAAACCUAGCUACAUCAUUAACUCCUCACAUAAACUUCAUCAAAAAAAACAUAACAAAUUACUCUCUAUAAAUGUUCUUCAUUCAAUCACAUGCACCAUGAAGACAAUGGAUGAUGUUCAAGGAUACAUACCAAUAUUCCUUAUUUUCCUAGCCUCACUAAAACUGCUCCAAGCCAUAUUCAAAGCUUCAAAAUUUCGCCUUCCACCUAGUCCUUUGGCUCUACCAGUUAUUGGACACUUCCACUUGUUAAAACCACCACUUCACAGAUCUUUUCAGAAGCUCUCGAAUCGUUAUGGACCCUUGAUUCACCUCUACCUUGGCUCCACUCCCGUUGUUGUUGUUUCCUCUGCAGAAAUUGCCAGAGAGAUCUUCAAAACACACGAACUUUGUUUCUCCAACAGACCAGCGAAUGUUGCUAUCAGCUAUCUCACUUAUAACUCAUCUGAUCUAGGGUUUGCCCCUUACGGACCCUACUGGAAGUUCAUGAAGAAGCUUUGCAUGUCGGAACUUCUUAACGGGAGGAUGCUGGAUCAACUCCUACCCAUUAGAGAAGAGGAGAUAAAUAGGUUUCUGGUGAUGCUGAAGAUGAAAGGUGAAGCAUGUGAGCGUGUGAAUGUUGGAGAUGAACUUUUGAAGCUAACGAACAGCGUGGUGAUGAGAAUGGCGAUAGGAAAAAGCUGUUUCAACGUUGAUGACGAGGCUCAGAAGGUGACGGAAAGGGUGAAGGAGAGUUCGAAGGUGAGUGGAAUGUUUAACCUAGCAGAUUAUUUUUGGUUUUGCAGGGGAUUGGAUCUUCAGGGAAUUGGGAAGAGAAUGAAGGAGGUUCGUGAGAGGUUUGACACCAUGAUCGAAAGUAUCAUUCGGGAACAUGAAGAUGCGAGAAAUAGAUCCACCCAAAAGGAUCCUCCAAAAGAUGUUCUUGAUGCUCUUUUGAGCAUUUAUGAAGAUCAGAGCUCAGAGGUGAAAAUAACCAGAGACAACAUUAAAGCCUUCUUGGUGGAUAUUUUCACAGGUGGGACAGACACAACUGCAGUUACUGUAGAGUGGUCAGUGGCAGAACUAAUGAACCAUCCAACAGUGAUGGAGAAAGCAAGGAAGGAGAUUGAAAGUGUGAUUGGCAAAGAAAGAAUGGUGAUGGAAUUAGACACAGAUAAUCUUCCUUAUCUCCAAGCCAUAGUGAAGGAGACACUCAGACUUCACCCUCCAUCUCCAUUUGUGUUGAGAGAGUCAACCAAAAAGUGCAGCAUUGCAGGAUAUGAGAUUCCACCAAAAACUCAGGUUUUCACUAAUCUGUGGGCUAUUGGGAAGGAUCCAAAGCAUUGGGAUAACCCUCUUGAGUUUAGGCCAGAAAGGUUUGUUAGCAAAGAGAAUGAGAGUGCAAAAACAUGUGAAGUUGAUGUGAGGGGACAGCAUUAUGAGCUUUUGCCUUUUGGAAGUGGAAGAAGAGGCUGCCCUGGAACUUCACUGGCACUGAAGGUUGCUCACACCACCCUUGCUGCUAUGAUUCAGUGCUUUGAAUGGAAGGUUGAAGAAAAAGUGGGAGAAAAUUGUGGUAGUGUUGACAUGAAAGAAGGACCCUCUUUUAUCCUUUCCAGAGCUCAACCCAUGAUUUGUAUCCCAAAACAAAGACUCCUGCCAUUCCCUUUGUCUCAUGCUAAAUCUUAAUUCUCGUUCUCACCUAAGACUAUAAGAAUAAGCGUGUUCCAUUGUAUCUUCAUCUAAAUAUUACCCUGUUUCUCUUAUU